GAAGGUACCGGCCCAUGCAGCCUAUAAGAACUGGAUCAGGUUACACCGGCCCUACGUCAGCCUCUGGAUCACAUGGUGUUUGCUGCUAUUUCAGGCAUUAAGUCUUGGGUCAAAAGUUUUUAUUAUUUUUUUUCUUGGCUUUUUUCCCCCCCGUGCUUUGGAAAACACGCUGGAUGCCGGCUGCGAUUCGCGCUCCCGUUGCGCUCCAUCAUAAAGUGACCGAGCCUCUUGGAGGAGGGAUAACUAUCUCUAAUUGGCUUCGGCGGAUGACCGUCGGCUCCCACGGGUGUGAGGAUCAGCACUGGGCGCACCAACGCCGGCUGCUUUAAACGUUAUUCCCGGGUUCACCUCCUCUGUCUAUUCAGCAGUAAGUAGAGCCCCAGCACAGCGCCCAUCUGUGCGGGCUCUUCGACUCGUAAAAGCGGGAGGCUCCUGGAUCUCCAACGUCGCCAGUUCGCCCGUGAUCCGGCUUGGGGGGGCGAGGAAAAGUUUGAGCUGAAACUCAAUGAAAAUGAGUGAUCUACAGGGAGAAUUCACCAAGCUCCUUGUGCUGAAGGAUGAGAGGAUAAUGGACAUGGAGAGACGCCUCGCCGAGAAAGAAGAGGAGAUCCAUGAACUGAAAAGAAAGCUGCACAAAUGUCAGUCGGUGCUGCCGAGCGCUCAGAUCAUCGGACCCAGGACCAGACGAGCGCAAGGAAUUUCGGCGGAACCACAGACAUAUAGGUCAUUCCAAGAUCUAACCAGCCAAGCCUUUCGGAAACACGCUAAGUCUGACAGGUCUAAGGACUUAAUCAAGGAAGCUAUUCUGGACAAUGACUUCAUGAAGAACCUUGAGCUUUCGCAGAUCCAGGAAAUUGUGGAUUGCAUGUAUCCGGUUGAAUAUGGCAAAGACAGCUGCAUCAUCAAGGAGGGCGACGUGGGAUCUUUGGUGUACGUCAUGGAAGAUGGGAAGGUGGAAGUUACAAAGGAGGGAGUGAAGCUUUGCACCAUGGGUCCGGGAAAGGUGUUUGGAGAACUGGCCAUUCUCUACAACUGCACCCGGACAGCCACAGUCAAGACUCUCACCAACGUGAAACUGUGGGCCAUCGACCGCCAAUGUUUCCAGACGAUCAUGAUGCGGACAGGGCUGAUCAAGCAUGCGGAAUACAUGGAGUUUUUAAAAAGCGUUCCCACGUUCCAAGGCCUUCCGGAGGAGAUACUGAGCAAGCUGGCUGACGUACUGGAGGAGACGCACUACGAGGACGGCGAGUACAUUAUCCGGCAGGGUGCCAGAGGAGAUACCUUCUUCAUUAUCAGCAAAGGGAAGGUGAAUGUCACCCGAGAAGAUGCACCCAACGAGGAUCCGGUCUACCUGCGGGCGCUGGGGAAGGGAGACUGGUUCGGAGAGAAGGCGCUUCAGGGGGAGGACAUCAGGACGGCCAAUGUCAUCGCAGCGGAGCCUGUCACUUGCCUGGUUAUCGACAGAGAUUCUUUCAAGCACUUGAUUGGGGGUUUGGAAGAUGUCUCUAACAAAGGGUACGAGGAUGCUGGCGCCAAGGCAAAGUACGAAGCGGAGAAUGCCUUCUUCUCCAACCUGAAGCUUGUCGACUUCAACAUCAUCGACACUUUAGGAGUGGGAGGCUUCGGCCGGGUGGAACUGGUACAACUCAAGAGCGAUGAGGGCAAGACGUUUGCAAUGAAGAUCCUGAAGAAGAGGCACAUUGUGGACACGAGGCAGCAGGAGCACAUACGCUCCGAAAAGCAGAUCAUGCAGGAAGCUCACUCUGACUUUAUCGUUAGACUCUACCGAACAUUCAAGGAUAGCAAGUACCUGUAUAUGUUAAUGGAAGCCUGCCUUGGCGGAGAGUUGUGGACCAUUCUUAGGGACAGAGGUUCAUUUGAAGACGCGACGACCCGCUUUUACACGGCAUGCGUCGUCGAAGCUUUCGCCUACCUGCAUUCCAAAGGAAUCAUCUACCGAGACCUCAAGCCAGAGAACCUGAUACUGGACCACAGAGGUUAUGCCAAGCUGGUGGAUUUUGGCUUCGCCAAAAAGAUUGGGUUUGGAAAGAAAACGUGGACUUUUUGUGGAACGCCGGAGUAUGUAGCUCCGGAGAUCAUCCUGAAUAAAGGCCAUGACAUUUCUGCUGAUUACUGGUCUCUUGGGAUCCUCAUGUAUGAGCUGCUGACUGGCAGCCCUCCAUUCUCAGGCCCUGAUCCUAUGAAAACCUACAACAUAAUCCUACGGGGUAUCGACAUGAUUGAAUUUCCAAAGAAGAUUACAAAAAACGCCGCCAACCUAAUAAAAAAGCUAUGCAGGGACAAUCCUUCAGAGAGACUUGGAAACUUGAAAAAUGGAGUCAAAGAUAUUCAGAAGCACAAGUGGUUUGAAGGCUUUAACUGGGAAGGGCUGCGGAAAGGAACACUCACACCACCUAUCAUUCCCAGUGUCACGUCACCGACUGACACGAGCAACUUCGACAGUUUCCCAGAGGACAAUGAUGACCCACCUCCAGAUGACAACUCAGGCUGGGACACAGAUUUUUAGCCCCACCCCCACGUCCCGGAUUCCUGAAAUCGGCUUCUUUGACGCCCUGGGGCGCCUUCUUCAGGAAGUUUUAAAAAAAGAAAAAAAAAUCUAAUUAAAUAAUACAAAAAUUAAACAUGCAGCAAAGCAAAGAAAUAGCGAGACGAGGAAAGACGAAGGGGAGAGUCAAAGCUCUGGGUCACCGAUAAUGCCUUUGCCGAUGCUGCUGGGUCACAGGCGUGGCAUAGGGGCUAACGUCUGGGUAACGGUAUGGCUCCUGCAGAACGUAACGCUGCAUAGAGCACCACGCCGCUAACGUCGAUCCUCGAGCUGAGCCUUAAAAAUAAUCAUUUAAAAGGUUUCCUUUUCCUACCACAGAUCUCCCUCUCCCAGAACCUUUGUCUUAGAUGGAACAGCCACGUAUUGUGAGGCAGAACCACAUCUUUGGAUUUCUGGGAUUCCCCCCCCCCCCCCAGCUGUUGGCUGUUCGCUGUCGCCGUGGUUACGUUCAGCUAACCUUUUUCGUGUAUGAGAGAGAGGACACCACCCUCCUGCUCUCUGGGGUCUACAGGACCAUGGCGAUGUAACUUAUUAGAGUCACUUUUUGAAGUGCUCACUCUCUUUCUGAAUGUUAAAGUCAAUCGAAAUCAUAUGGUAGCAGAUACAGUAUGUAUAUGUAUAUAUUGCAUAUAUAUUCCAAAACACACACACACACAUUCACACACAGACAAAUAUGUAUCAGUAUUAACACAAUUUAACUUAGAAGCACAACUGUUCCCUUUUUAAAUAUCUUCUAAAAAAAAAAAAAAAAAAGAAAAACCUGCAGCGUACAUCUGCCUUCACCCACAAGUUUUCAUGACCCUUAUAUUUUGCUAGCACUGAGUUGCACUCCUAUGCUCUUAAUUUGCAGUAAAUAAUUUCCACUUAGACAUGCUUCAGGAGUCAUUACAUGCUAUUGUGCUUUCUAAACACAAAAAAUCCACAAAAAGCAGACAGUAGCAGUAGUCUCUGAUGCCCGUUACUGGUUUGGUAAAUUAUAGAUCAGCCGAAACUGUCUGAAAAAAAGCUUAAACAAUUCAGAGGUAUACUACUUUUCCACCACCAGGGGGCAGACUGUCACAGACUCUCAUGAUACAUAAGAAUUUAGACGAUGUAAGCGGAAUGAUAAAAGCUGAUUAAAGGACGGAUAGUAUCACAGAUUUCUGGUUCUGCAAUUUGCAUUUCAACAGUCUCUGUGCGCAGGCAUCUCAGGAGAGGAGGACGACAUGCCGCCACGCUUCACGUUCCGAUUCUCGUAAACACAAUUUGCUGGAUAGAGAAAUCUUAUUUAUUCUUUAGGACCAGAGGUAAAUAUUUGUGUAAAUAAAUAUUUAGUGCUAAUAUUUUGUGAUACAUGUACAACUUUGAAUUGUUAGAGUAUAUCAGCGUUUACUCUUUUUGACUUUUUACACAAAACAUGCCGUCUUACAACUCAGAUCUAACCAGACUUGAACAAACUCAAAAUGUUGGUCAGCAACUCAAUGACUGUAUGCUCCCCGCACCAGGCUGUCUGGGCGACCCAUCACAUGGCUCUUUGGCAUAAUAGCAAGUGCCUUAUAUCAAUGGCAUCCAAAAACGACAAACAUUUCUGUUAAUGCUGCAUGAUGAAGCCAAACGUCUUGACUUCUUGUCCCUGCUGCUUUUUUUAUGGUUCUGCUAUUUAUACGCCUUUUUUUCUUAAAAUAAAAAAACGUAACUUUCAAAACAACGCAACGUGACGAACGCCUCAUUUCCCGCAGCCUGGCCGCGAGGUCCGGUCCGCCGCGUCUGCGAAAGCGCGUCUGCGAAAGCGCGUCUGCGGCUUGUUUGCGCAGAUUAACUUAAGAACAGGGGACUCUUCAUACUUUCGCAUUAGCUGCGCUCUCACUUUUGCUGGGUGGUCUUUUUUCCCCGGUGAUCCCACACAUGCAGCGAACAGAAGGCCUCAUUGAAAUGAUUUCCUCUCCGACUCGAGCGAAACUUGAAGUGAGCAUCAGCAUGGGUGGUAAAAUAUCUGUAGAAACCGAAAGACAGGGAGAAAACCCUGGCUCUUUCAGUGGGACAGUGGAAUCACAUCUUCAUGCCCAUGUGACCUUCAACCAGAAUGUACCAAUGAAGGCAUUCCCGCCAUGUGACUUCAGCACACACGUAACAUAGACUUAACAUAGACUUAACAGAGACUUAAUUCCGGUAAAUGUAAGAUUCAAUGUAGUCUUUUGCAGCUGUCAGUUUACCAUGUCGCUGAAAUAGAAAAGUAUUUUACAGUACUGAUUUGUACCCAGAUGUCCUUUUGUCUAGUUAGCAAACCUCAUUUCUUGCUCUCACGUCAGAGGUGGCCAAUCUUGGCCCUGUGGGACUGCAGUGUGUGCAGGUACAUUUAUACAAUUCAUAACACUGAAUGCUAAGUCCAUGUUUGUCCAAUUAGAGCAUAAAUUAGAAGCUCAACAGGUAGGAAUCCAGUCCUCCAGGACCAGUUUGUGACACUCAGAGUAAUGAGCUGUUCUUGUGGUCCAAUUUGCUUCAGAUGAGCUUUUGUCAGUGUUGAAUCUUUUUGUAUUGUAAAUGUGCUGCAAAUCUGCCCCAUAAAAUUUGUAAUGUUCACAAGGCAACAAUAAAUGUGAACGACUUUGGAUAGUCA